UAUGAAUACAAAGCCAAGCAGACCUGAUAUGGCCCUAAUCUCUAGGUCAAGACCACACGCGUACCAGGAUGUGUUCAAGACGGAGAGAAACAGAGAUAUCAAGAGUUUGUUCUUCAUGAAGAAGCAUAAGAGCCUGCGCCCGAAGCAGAGGAAAUUCCAGAAUAGAAUAAACAUUCAUAUCAGUACAUGUGACCAGAAUACAAGAUCGUUAGAGAGAAUAUCCAAUCAAUCUACAUGUGAUGAGAGAGUGACUACUUCCCGGCUUGAAGAUAUUCAGAAGCUCGGUCCCAAGAUACUCCUGGAAAGCAAGAGAUCCAUUCAGGGAAUUUCCGGUCCCACCAAGUUUCGAAGGGCUUUAAACAAACUUAAAAUGAAACUUCCUGCUUGGCAUAAGCAAGCCAAAAUGAGGAAAAUCUUUGACGAUGUCAAGAGAUCUGUUGAUUCUGGUCAAUGUCUUGACCUCCAGGAUAUUGGCUUCAAGAGAACUCCCAUUUUCAAAAUCCAAAGAAAGGAAACUUUACAAAGGGAGAAACUGAAGCGAAGCGGGUUUUAUAUGAACCUCAAAGCUGACCAAGAGUGCAUAAAAAGUUCCAAAAUUGGCAUCACUAGGGAUCGGUCAUAUGAUAGUCUUGAAAAAGCUCUAAAUGAGCAAAAGUUCAGAACGAUAGAUGAGACUGAAACUUCCCCACAUAGGAUCAGUCAUCCUUUAGUGACAAGGUUUCUUAAAAGUAGCGAGAAAACGAUCGGAAAACAUCUGAAGAUAUUGAAAUACACAAAGGGAAGUUUUCAUGUAUACGAGCAUCAAGCUGAUAAGCAUAGUCGUAAUUAAAUUUUUAUAACAUACAUGUCCUCCUUA